AUGUCCACGAAACCUAUCACACGAGUUGCUAUUGUCGGAGCUACUGGCCGUAUCGGCGGAGCCUUUGCUCAAUCGCUUCUGCAAACAGGGCAACAUACAAUCACUGCUCUCACCCGUGAAGGUAGCGAUGGACAAGUCCCCGAGGGAGUACAAGUCGUUCGAGUCAACUACGACGAUGAAGCCUCACUUGUUAAGGCCUUGACUGGCCAACAAUUCCUUGCGAUUACUCUCGGCGUCCGAGCCCCCGAAGACCUUCAUGCUAGAAUCACCACAGCUGCCGCAAAGGCCGGUGUCCCCUAUAUCAUGCCCAAUGCAUACGGGUACCCCAUCACCCCCGAGGACGUGAAGGACACGGAUUUAUACGGAAAGAGUGCUCUUGCUCGAAUUGCUGACGCUCAAACUGGUGCUUCGUCCUCAGUGACACUGCCAUGUGGUUUCUGGUACGAAUGGAGCCUGGCAUGCGGAGAGCAAUGGUUUGGCUUUACGAUUAAAGACCGGAAGGUCACCUUUUUCGAUGACGGCACUCGCAUUGUUAGUGUCAGCACAUGGGACCAAUGUGGUCGCGCUCUGGCCGCUCUCCUCAGCCUGCCAGAAUCGGGAUCCACCCCUGCGCUUGCCGACUUUAAGAAUAAGGAUGUCCUGAUUAAUAGCUUCCGCGUCUCGCAACGCGAUGUGCUAGAUAGUCUGCAUCGUGUCUUGGGCACCACAGACUCUGAUUGGGAGAUCAGUUACGAGAGUGUCGCCAAGCGUCUUGCAGACGGUGCUGAGGAGUUGGCCAAGGGUGUUUUUACGGGCUUUCCUAAGAUGCUUUAUGCAAGUGUGUUUUUGCCAACCAACCAGGAAGGUGAUUUCGCAGGAACAAUGGAGUUGGCAAAUGAUGUAUUGGGGCUUCCUAAAGAAGACUUGGAUGAUGCGACUAAAAGGGUGGUCGAUAUGGUAGCUGGAGGAUGGAGCCCCUUUGGCUGA